UUUUUCCGUUAUUCCACGCCCUUAUUUUUAAGAAUCUAUAGAAAGGACCUUGAUUUUAUCAUUUAUAUUUUUGGAUUGUCAAUAACGUUGAGAGACAUAAAUACUUUAUUAAGAAAUUGCCUACUGUAGCUCAAAAAAUACUGGUUUGGAAAUACUGGUCUUAAGGUUAUACUAUAUUCUAUUUGUCGUUGGAAGUUUGGUGAGUUGUUGACAAAGAAUUAAAUUUUACUGUUUUUGUAUUGUAGAUUUACUUCACUGAUUUCCAUGUAACUCAUAUAUUCUAUAUACGUAAUACACAAUUAGCUCUUUAAUAAUGCUGUAACCUCGCUGACCGAGGCCGCUUUUUAAAAAAAAUUCCAAGUCUUAUUUUGGCUCAGAUCAGGUUAGUCCUGUUAUGAACAGCCCCUUCCAUUUCUGACACUCUAAAUAACUGAACAAGCCCAGUGUGGGAUCAUAUCUCAUCUAAGACAUCAUGGACACGGGUACAACUGUGUUGUUACUGCUGAUGCUUUUUGUGGGGACUGUCUCCUCGGGUUCCCCCAUCUUUUAUGGAAACAGCAUUAGUUUCAUGCCACUGAAAAAGAAUGAAGAUGGAACUAUUGGGGUUUCCUUUACUCACAGACAGAAUGGCUGGAGUUCAUGCUCAUAUGAGUCCACCCUUGAAUGUGGGAAUGGGCUCUGCACAGAUUACAACAAGUUAAGUAUCCUACAGACAGACAAGGAUGAAUCCGAAGACAAAAAAUGGUGCCAGACUGAAGGACUAACGACAGCAACUGUCUCAACCAAUGACACCUACUUCACUCUGAGCGGCUCUGACUGCUGCUGGUUGUCUAAUUCUGAGAAGGUAAAAAGAUGGAGAAGUGAAGCACAGUUAAACCUGGGAACCCGAUCUGACACACUGUCUCUGAACAACUGUCCUGUCACCACAACAGUGGCAAAUCUAAGAGUUCCUCAGAACUGUUUUUCAAGGAUACAACUUCUGGCUCAGGAUCCGGACAGGGAUGACGUCAAAUGCAGUUUCAGUCCAGAUGCAACAAUUCCUUCAAAUUUUGCAAUUGACAAGGAGACUUGCACACUAACCAGUACAGGUCAAGUUGACACUGGCAAUCAUGUGAUUGAGAUAAUGCUGGAGGACUUUCCCACUAACAACAUCACACUGACCUAUAGAAAUGGAACAUCAGUGCUUCGUAAAACCUCAGACGAGAACUUAGCGCCUCUCUGCAGAGUUAAGCUUCAGUUCCUGGUGGAGAUUUUAUCUUCAGUACCAAGUUGUGAACUAGGUAAUGUGCAGCCCAUGUUCUUGUCCAAGACUCCAUCACAUGGUGAUGUUCUUCAUGCCAGCGUUGGCCAACCAUUCGAGCUCCAUGCUGAAGCAAAGGCCCAAAACAGCAGAAUCGUCGACUUCCAAAUAAGUGGGCCUCAGAACAUCAGCAAGGAGUUUCAAACUGGUGGCCAAGGAACAGCUGAAGUCACCAUCACCUGGACACCACAGAGCCAUCAUGCAUAUGCGUUUGUCCCUUUCUGCUUUACGGCAGAGACAGAUGAAUUCCAAUCAGAGAUGAGGUGUGUUACUGUCUUGGUGACCCGUGCAUCUAUCGUUCAAGGUGAGGCAAAAGUUGAAUGUUUACCCAACAUAAUGAAAGUCAUCCUGGACAAAGCUUCCAUGCCUGGUAUUGACGAAAGGUUUCUGAAGCUGAGAGACCCUUCCUGCUCCCUGUCCUCCAAUGGCACUCACAUCAUGGGGACCAUGUCCCUCAGCACCUGUGGCACAACACUGGAGGAUCUAGGUGACAAAAUUGCCUUCAAGAAUGAGAUCAACUCCUUUGUACUGCCAGAUGAGAUCAUAACCAGGAGGAAGGUGGUGAAGAUCGAUUUCUCCUGCCAGUUUCCCAAAAGUCUCAGCAUCUCCAACUACUUCAGUAUCCACAGCACAGACUACAUUUUCACAGAGUCCGGCUUUGGCAGUUUCAGCUACAAUUUUGAGAUAUUCAAAGACAACAAAUUUCAAGAUAAAGUAAACUCCAGUGCCUACCCAGUAGAGGUCCGGCUUUUGGAUACAGUCUACAUGGGCAUUAAAGCUCAGUCUGAGAUUUCCAAUGUGAGGAUAUUUGUGGAGUCAUGCAAAGCUACUCCUGACAAGAAUCCUGAAAAUGUCCUCUCCUAUGACCUCAUCAAGAACGGGUGUAUCAAAGAUGAAACAUUGAAAAUCUACCAAAGUGAAGACGUGGUGUUCAACUUUGAGGUUCAAGCCUUCAAGUUUACAGGGAACUAUGACAAGGUGUACAUUACUUGCUCUGUCAUCAUGUGCGAGAACACCUCUCCCUACUCCAGAUGUGCGCAGGGUUGCCUUGACGAACCGAUCAAACGCAGGCGCAGGCGAGACACGAGCAGAGAGACUGAUAGACACUACAUAGCCCAAGGUCCUUUUGUGAUUGUUAAGAUACCUGGUUCGAUCGAAGCUCUAAAUGAUACUAUGUUCCUGAAGAUGGACAAUGUCCAACCAGUGAACCCUAAGUCAUUCGCUACAGACAUGGAGAGCGGACAAGGAAACUGGAAUGUACAACAGAUACUCUGGAACCAAAUCACUACUAUAAUGUUUGCAAGUGCCUUCAUAGUGUUACUUGUGUUGAUCGCUGUUGGUUUUUGUUACAUCAGUAAGAGGGGAAUCAGGGAAGAUCGCAAAGCUCUUAUCUUAGGCCUUGAGAACUAAACUUUACUAAUCUGAGCUUUUCACCACAUCUUGUUUGUUAGCUGGAGGUCCAGUGUGUAGGAACAGUUGUUGAAGACCGUCUAAAUCUAAAUUCUAAAUGAAUCCUGAAUCAAAAAAAGGCCAAAAUCAAAUGCAUCUUUAUUUGAAGAGUCUUGUGGUCCUAAGGGGCAAACACUCUUUGUCUCUGUAGAUUUAAAGCAAGUCUGUGGGAUUGAGGGGAGGCUGGUGUCCUAGCCAAGUUGUCUAGCUGUCGAGUUUAUUUGGACUAUGAAGUGAAAGUGUUCACACCUACAGUUCCCAGUUGGGUUUUACCCACAUGCAGUCCACCUUCAAUUCACUUGGUUUACACUGGAAUUUUUGCAGGUUCCUAACAAUUUUAAAAUAUGAUCUAAACUAAAGAGAAAGGUUUGGUUUUUGAAAACAGUCAAAUUGAAUUGAAAAAAAAAGGAAUCUAGUUGACAUUAAGUGAAAAGAAAUUCCCCAUAAAUAUACAGUUAUGCUAACAGAUCCACAGGAUUUGAGUUCCACAAACUGGACCCUCUAAUGAUAUGAUAUGAUUAUUGUGUUUUUCUGCACACAUUUAUAUAGCACUUUCACCACUUUGUCUAUACUUUAGUGUAUUUGCAUUUUGCAUUGCCUUAAUGCAUUCUUUAUGAAUCUGAAGACACCUUGAAAUUAAUAAAUUACGAAUUUUCAUCAUUAAAAAAAAUAUAUAUAUGUAUGAUUUGGUCUAAAGAAAAUUUCAGGAGUUGUGUGAUACUACUCAGGGUCUCUGUAUAAUUAACUCCGCCUCAUUUUCCAAGCAUUUUAAUUUCUUUUUAUUGGCACUUGAUUCAAUUCCUUCCAGAGUCAAACAAUUCUCAUCUAGUGGUUUUAUCUGGUUAAACAGGAUUUUUUAACAAUACAUUUUACACACAUUUAAUUUCUUUCUUUCUUUAAUUGUAUUUCCGGGGUUACUGAAUGGCUGAGUUACACCCGACAUUAAAACAAUAAAAGGUUAUUGUGCAACUACAA